AUGGGGGACGAUGUGAAACGCCUAGCACUGAUAGACGCCAAUAAAUACAAUACAAUGAUGCAAACCAUAGAAAAACUAGUAUCGGACAAAAAAAUUCUGGGCGAUGCAAAACAAACAGCAGCCGAAGGGGAACUAAUUGAAGGUCAUGCAACCAUGGUUGAUAGCGUGAAACGUAAUGCACCCUAUGCUACAGAUGACAUUAUUAAUUAUGUAAAGAAACGAAAAAAUUAUUUAAAAGAAAAAAAAGAACCCGCUGCUGCUGCCGAUGAUGAUGGUGAUGAAGGUGAUAAUCCUCGUCGAUCUGCUUUAAAACCUGGAUCCUUAGCACGUUCAGAAUUUUUAAUACGGGGUCAUCUUAAAAAAGUAGGAGUUGUUGAAACACAUAAAGGUGUAAAAUUUGGUGGUAAAACAUUACCCAUUGCUUAUGACGACAUGAUAGCUGAUCUUACAAAAAAUGUUAAAAAAACAAAUACGAAUUUAACAUCGGAUCAGCAUACAAAAUUAUUAAAAGAAUUAAAAAAGACACAUAUGCCCGUUACUUAUAUACGCAGCGAACAUCUUCGAAAUCAGUACCGAGAAAUUGGCGGUAGUGAUACACCGACAACGUCGCGACAAGAACCACCACCACCACCACUAACUUAUUCCUCACCACGAGGUCCUCUAAUGUUUUCCGGGCGUAGAAAAGGAUCCGUGCGUGGCUAUAUGUUUGAUACUUAA